CUCUAACCACUGCAGAGGAACAAAAAGCUGCUGCUGCUUCUUCUUCCAGAAGUUUCUUCAAUCCAUGAAUCCUGAAAGCGUGUGACGGUGGAGCAGCAGUGAGUGGAACAGGCAAGGUUGCCGGUUCAUCUGCCAGUGAUGAAGAUGAGCCACUCAGAGGGAGUAGAACCUGCAGGUUCCAGCUGCAUCUUCAUGACGUCGAUAGUCAGAGACAGACUGGAACCCUUCAAGACAGAACUCGAUCUGCCAAACCCAAAAGGUCAGACGCUCAUUCCCAGAGGCCAGUCAUCAAUAUCCAGCUGUGUGUCCAUGAAGAGUGACCUGUCCAAAGUUGACAAUCCGGACUUCAGUGCAGAAACUAAACCUUUAAGCACAAAAGGUCAGACGCUCAUUCCCAGAGGCCAGUCAUCAAUAUCCAGCUGUGUGUCCAUGAAGAGUGACCUGUCCAAAGUUGACAAUCCGGACUUCAGCGCAGAAACUAAACCGUUAAGCACAAAAGGUCAGACGCUCAUUCCCAGAGGCCAGUCUUCAACAUCCACCUGUGUGUCCACGAGGAGUGACCUGUCCAAAGUUGACAAUCCGGACUUCAGCGCAGAAACUAAACCGUUAAGCACAAAAAGUCAGCAGCUAACUCAGCCAGUCCAGCCCGUUUCCAUGAGGAGUAACUUGUCGAAAGUGGACAAUCCAGACUUCAGUGCUGAAACUGGAUCUUUGGACACAAAAGGUCAGCAGCCCACUCCCAGACGCCAGUCUUCAUCAUGUGAGUCCAUGAAGAGUGACCUGUCCAAAGUUGACAACCCAGACUUCAGCGCUGAGGCCAGAACCACAGACACCAAGCACUGCAUCACCUCGUACUGGGACCAGUCUGAUCCAUCAGGACUGUGCUCAUGUCCACAGUGUGCAGAUAGGUCCAGAAGCAGAGCUGGAACACAGACCAUCAGUAAGAACAGAACAGUUCAAGAUGUUGGUCUGCAGGAGCCUUUAGUUGAACAUCAGGUCAGUGUAAAGAGAAGAUAUGAAAAUGCAACUGAAGGAACUGGUGACACAGGAAGAGACACUCACCUCAAUAGCAUCUACACUGAGCUCUACAUCACAGAGGGACUGAGAGAAGAAGUUAAUACCCACCAUGAGGUGAAGCAGCUGGAGAGAGUCUCCAAGAUCCUUCAUGAUGUUCCAAUCAGGUGUCAGGACAUCUUCAAAGCCCUAACUGACCAACAUGGAUCCAUCAGAGUGGUUCUGACCAGCGGAGUUGCUGGAGUUGGAAAAACCUUCUCAGUGCAGAAGUUCACUCUGGACUGGGCCGAGGGCUUGGAGAACCAAGAUAUCAGUGCUGUGGUUCCUCUGUCAUUCAGGGAGAUGAACUUGAUCAGAGAUGAGCAGCACAGUCUUCUCACUCUGAUCCAACGUUUCCAUCCAACCUUCCAGAAGAUCCCAGCAGAGCAGCUGUCUGUCUGUAAACUUCUCUUCAUCUUUGAUGGUCUGGAUGAAAGCAGACUUUCUCUGGACUUCAACAACAGUCAGGUGGUGUCUGAUGUCACUCAGAAGUCAUCAAUCAAUGUUCUUCUGACAAACCUCAUCCAGGGACGUCUGCUUCCCUCAGCUCUGGUCUGGAUCACUUCCAGACCUGCAGCAGCCAAUCAGAUCCCUCCUUCAUGUGUCUCCAGGGUAACAGAAGUACGAGGCUUCACUGAUACCAGGAAGGAGGAGUACUUCAGGAGGAGAUUCACUGAUGAAGAUCUGUCCAGCAGAAUCAUCUCCCACAUCAAGGCCUCCAAGAGUCUCUUCAUCAUGUGUGAAAUCCCUGUUUUCUGCUGGAUCACUGCUGUGGUUCUAGAAAACAUGUUGACCACAGAGAAAAGAAAAGAGCUUCCCACCACUAUGACUGACAUGUACUCCCACUUCCUGAUGGUCCAGACAAAGAGGAAGAAGAACAAAUACCAGCAGGAACAUGAGGAGAAUCCACAGGAGCUGACAGAGGCUGACAUGGAAGUUCUUCUGAAGCUGGGGAGGCUGGCAUUUGAACAUCUGGAGAAAGGAAACAUCAUGUUCUACCAAGAAGACCUGCAGCAGUGUGGUCUGGAUGUCACAGAGGCUUCUUUGUACUCUGGAGUUUGUACUGAGAUCUUCAGAAGAGAGUGUGAGAUCUUCCAGAAACCAGUCUACAGCUUUGUUCAUCUGAGUGUUCAGGAGUUUCUGGCUGCAGUUUACAUGAUCCACUGUUACAACAACAAGAAGACAGAGGUGGUGGAGAACUUCCUGGACAGUCAGAUGAGAAACUCAUUUCCACAAGAAAAUUAUUUAACCAUUGAUGAGUUUUUGAGCAGAAUGUUGAGGAAAUCCCUGGAGAAUCAAACAGGCUGUCUGGAUCUAUUUGUUCGCUUCAUUCAUGGCCUCUCUGUGGAGUCCAACAACAAACUCUUAGGAGGUCUUUUGGGUCUGAAAGAGAUAAAUGCAGGAGCCAUCCAGACAGUCAUUAAUAACCUCAAAGAAAUGAAAACAUGUCACCUACAUCCUGACAGAGGCAUCAACAUCUUUCAUUGUCUGAUGGAGAUGAAGGACCCCUCAGUUAAUCAAGAGAUCCAGGAGUUCCUGAAGUCUGACAAAACGUCACAAACCAGACUCCCAGAUAUCCACUGCUUUGCUUUUGCCCACAUGCUGCAGAUGUCAGACCAGGUUCUGGAUGAAAUGGACCUAAACAAAUACAACACAUCACAUCAUGGUUACCGGAGGCUGAUUCCUGCUGUGAGAAACUGUAGAAAGUUCCGACUCAGGUCAAGGUCACUGAUGGAUAAAUUAAAAGGAUGCAACAAGCAUUUUAAUAUUGAACUCUCAGAUAUUUACUGGGAAAUUCUGGCUUCAGCUCUCAAGUCUAACCCAUCCCAUCUGAUAGAACUGGACUUAAGUGAGAACAACCUGCAGGAUUCAGCUGUGAGAACACUGUGUGCUGGACUGGAGAGUCCAAACUGCAGACUAAAGACACUGAGGUUGAGGGGCUGCAGUUUGUCAAAGACCAGCUGUGACCUUCUGGUCUCAGCGCUGAAGUCCAACCCGUCCCACCUGACAGAACUGGAUGUGAGGGAGAACAACCUGCAGGAUUCAGACCUUCAGCAGCUCUCAGAACUGGUGAAGAGUCCAAACUACAAACUGGAGACUCUGAGCUGCCUCUGAUGGUGAAUCAACUGGCAGCAGUUUGUCUGCAGAUCUUCUGACAGGAGCGUGUUACCAGAAGAAGAUGAGGAAAGAAUUGGAGGAGUCAGAGGAAGAGGAGAUGACUCCACUGUUUUGUUCACAUUUAAAUGUAAAAGUUAAAGGUUUAGGAAGAAUCAUUUUAUUUACAGCUGUGAAAUGUUACGAGACCAUUAGAGCCCUCUGGAGCUCCAUCUAAUAAACUUAUGUCAAGCUUCACCUCAUAACUUCUACAGGAAAAUGGAAUUCCCUUUAAGAUUUUUUUUAGAUGUACAUUUUUUUUAUCUUGUUUUUCUUUUUGUUAGCCUAUAUUUGUAUCCAGUUUAACUGCUUAUUUGUAAAUAAUCCCUAAGGUGAAAAGCUUUUAGAUCCGAAUCAGUUCAAUCUGUAUAUUUGAAUGAGAUCAUCCAUCCGUCUUCUGAACUCGCUAAAUGCCUUUUGGAGUCACAGGGUUGCUGGAGCCUAUCCCAGCUACUGUUGGACAAAGUCAGGGUUCACCCUGGACAGGCCCUCAGUCAGUUUAAUAGUACAAGUGACAUCACGUCUUUCAAAUUCAAGAUUCAAGAUUCAAGAUAGGUUUAUUGUCAUUUCACACACAGUAUUUGCGGGGAAGUACACGGGUGAGACGAGAUGUUGUUUCUCACUAGCAAGACAGUGCAAAAGAGAAAGAUCCUAGAAUAAAAAAAGAUGAAUAAGAAUGUAAGUGAAAUAAAUACAGAUAAAAAAGAUUAAUAUAAAAUAAAAUAGAGUACAAUAGAAUCAGCAUUCAGUGAGAAAAGUGACUAUGUGCAUAGCAGCAGUU